AUGUCAACAAUCUUAUCAGCUGCUCUGUCUGUGCCGCAUCCUACAUCUGAUAAUGCUACUCCUUCGUCUCCUAUCAAUAUAAAAAAGAAUGCUAGAAGCGCAUCUCCAUCAGAUGAUACUCACCCUGAAAUGCGUUCAUCACCGUAUUCUAGAAGAGUAUCUUUUAAUAACUUGCAUCCUGAUGAUGACUCUAAUGUCCCUCCAAAUCAGGCCAUUUAUAAUUUGGGAUCCCCUAAUUUCACUCCAUCUUAUUCAUUAUAUUCAGCCCCACAAACAUUGGGUUCAGCAUCACAUUCAUCUCAAGUACCAAGUUUUGAAUCUACUUUUGGGACUUUAGUAACUAAAGCAAAUACUUAUAUCCCAAGAAAGAGAUUGAAAUUACCGGAUCCUCCUUCAAAAUCAAUACUUAAAAAUAAAGUAAGUGAACAACAAUUGGAAUAUAAUGAAAAAAAUGAUUUACUUCAAGAUGAAGGAAAUAUUGAAGAUGCAACUACACAUUAUCAUGAUGAAGAAGAAAUCUUGGCUGGCCCAGAUUUACCUCCUCCUCCCCCAACUGGUAUUACUGAAACUCCAAGAAGAAAAUCAUACGCUGGAAUGACAGAUGAAGAAUUAUUAGCAUUAGAUCCUCAAUUUCAAACAAAAUCAAUUCAUGAUCUUGAUAAAUUUAAAUUUGAUAAUCAAAAGACUUAUUAUUUAUCCCCAUCUACUAGAAAACCAUCUUCAACUCCUAGUCUUCUUUCUCAACCAACUUCUAAAAAAAUCAUUUAUCCUACUUCAAAUGAAAAUAACUAUAGAUCAAUAAGUUUAACGGUUAAACAUGAUGAAUUUGAUACUAUACCAUAUAAUAGAACCUUGUUGACUGUCUUGACUGGAAGAAAACAUACUUGGAAUACUAUAGAUUGGUUAUUAUUGAUUGAGCAAGAUAAGCCUGAAGAAAGUAGUUUUUUAAUUGAUGGAGAUUAUUUGAUUAUUGCAUCUUUGAUUCCAAAUAAGUUCAUUAAGGAUUAUACCAAUAGAAGAAAGAAGGUUUCAAUAUAUGAUUUCUUACAUAAGAAGUGUACCAAUUUAUUAAAUUAUGCCGUUGAAUAUUCCGCUAAAUUAAAUUUAAAAUUGAAAAUCACCGUUGAAUUCGUGCUUGAUAAUUCUGAAGAAUCAGCCUUAAGUACAGUUAAAGUCAUUUACGGUGAAAAAUAUAUGUUACAAAACGUUUUUAGACAAUAUCAACCAAAUAUAAUCAUUGUAGGAAACAAAUCAUCAAAUCUUAAUUUCAAAUAUCCAAUCAAAAUGGCCCCAAAUCAUCAACAAUAUAUGAUUAAAUUAUCUUCCUAUAUUUUAAAAUAUUCAACUAUCCCAGUGAUAUUUGUUGGUAAUGAUAUCUUAUCUCGUCCUGAUGCGAAACAACCCAGUACAUCCACCUUAAAAUUUGAACCUAGUCCUCCACCACCCGCAAAUGCUGCCCCGAAAAUCUUAUUAUCCUCCGCCACCCCAUCUUCAUCAGUCAAUGCAGAAUUAACACAACCUUCCACAUCAACUCCUCAAUCCUUAUCAUCCUCCCCAUCAAGAAGUUCAUUAGAUUCCUCAAUUGAAUCCUUCUCACCUGAAAGUGAAGAAGAUUUAACAAAAAGAUUAACUGCAAGUUCCGAAGAAUUACGUAGACACACCUAUAACAAACAACUAGGUGAAAUACAUGCAAGGGACUUUAGUGAUCCUCAAAAAUUCCUUGAUUUAAUAAUCACAAUCUCCGAUAAUUCAUUCAUUGAAUCCAGUAAUUACUUAACGGCAUUAAAUUCAAAAGAUUAUGCCAAUAUAAAAUUUGACGAAAAGAUUCAUUCUAUAUAUAGGUCCCAAACCACCCCUGGUGCUAUUCAUACUUCGAAUGAUGAUGCUCAUCAUUAUGAUACUCAUCAUGGAGGGGCACCGAUCUAUAAAGUAAGAUCAAUGAUUAGUUAUGAUGAUGAUGAAGAAGUGAAGAAUGCGAAAUUGAGAAAAGAUUUAAAGAAGAGAAGAGCAAGUGAUAAAGGAAGUGGUGGUGGUGGUAGUAAUAGUGGAAGUAGUUCAGGGAUUAAUUCUACAAAGAGUAAUGAAUCAAGUAUUGGACUGGGAAAAUCAAAUUCAGAAAAGAAGAAGAAAUCAUUUUGGAAGAAAUUGGGAUUUAAGAAGAAGUAA